AUGCUGAUGGACAGUGCGGCGCGCUCGGAUGGAGACGCGACAGAGCCGUCACACAAUCGCAUGGCGGGAUUUGCACCUCUCGUCGAUGCGUCACCGCGCGCCCGACCUGUAUCGCGGACACCGUUUAUGCCGUCGCCCAGGAAACGCGCCGUGGCGCCCAUGUCCAAAGUAAGCCCUGUCAAGGUAGAAAAGCCAGCAGUGCCAUUGGGCGAGAGUCAUGCUAUGAAUUAUGCUACUGACAGAGCGAGUGUACAUGUUGAGGAGGAGCCUUUGGCGGCCCCGCGUGUGGCCCCGCGUGCGACUCCGCGUGCACCGCAAAAAAAGGCGCAGCCGAGCGCAACCUCCAGCACAACGCCGCGAGCUGCGGUGCACACUACGGAAUCAUUAAGACGACCCGCAUCGCGUAUACAGCCACGCACAGCGCCAAAAACAGUGCCGCAGCCAGCACCGCAGUUAGCGCCAUUACCGAGUCCUGCACCGCGCGCGCGAAUUGCGCCUGUAGGGCCGAGGCCCGCAACGUCUAUGAGCGUGAAGCGCGAGCCUACUACACGUGCGCCAGUCUUGCGCACAGCGUCUCCUGUACGUCCUUCCGCGCACCGUCCUAUGCGUGCCAAGGUAGUAGAUGUUUUGCGCGAAAACCCCGUGGCGCGUGCGCAAACGGCGCUUGGAACUCGGUCGGCGUCUUCGCUUGGACCCACCAAGCCGCCGUGCACGGCUUCUUCUAGCAAGCCCAUGCCUGGUGCGGCACAGCGUGUUGAUGUAGCCGCCGUCGAGGCCGAGUUGGGCGACAGCUCGUUUGUGCUGGACGAAAUAGACGCGGACGGCGCUGAUUCCGUGCAAGUACACCUGCGCCUGCGCCCUACUGCGGAGGACGAAGAAUGUGCAUGGCGCACGACACUCGACACGGCCACCAUUAUGCUUGAUCCAGGCAUUGCGGCGAAAAAGCUGCAGCCAAACGCAGGAAUGGCGUACCAUUUUGACGGACUUCAUACUGACAGCUCGAACGCCUCGCUGUAUGCCUCUCUUGCGCGGCCCCUUGUUCAAAGCGUGCUGCGCGGCUAUAAUGCGCUCGUGUUUGCGUACGGCCAGACGGCCAGCGGCAAGACAUUCACACUCAGCGGUGGCGCCAACGAAGAACCCGGAAUUAUACCACGCGCCGUGUGCGACAUCUUCCAAGGGAUCUGCCAGGGGUCGAGCAAGCGCGAGUAUUUGGUCCGACUGAGCUACCUCGAGAUCUGGAACGAAAUUGUGAAAGACUUGCUCGAUCCUACCAGCACACCACAGGUGCGCGACGAUCGGCGGCGCGGUCCCAACGCAGUGUUUAUCGCGCCUUUGCAGGAAGAAAUUGUCUCCUCGCCGAGCCAAGUAUUUGAUUUGCUGGCGCGUGGCGAAGAGAACCGGCAUAUUGGCGCAACCGACUGGAACGAGCGCUCGAGCCGCAGUCAUACGUGCCUGAAAAUCACCGUCGAAUCGUGGGAGCGCGAUGCGUUGCACGACGACGAGGCAAAGGUCGGGCGACACUACCGCAUCAGCGAGCUGCACCUCAUCGACCUUGCUGGCUCGGAGCGCAACUCGUUCUACAGCGCCAACCGACGUGCAGAAGGCGCCAACAUCAACAAGAGCCUGCUGAGCCUGAGCAAAGUCAUUUACGCUCUUUCGGAGCGACAGGCCACAGGAAGGCCCGCGCCCGCGCACAUUCCCUACCGCGACUCGAAACUCACGCGCAUAUUGCAGAAUAGCUUGAAUGGCAGCGCGCGUGUCGCUGUGGUUUGCACGCUUAAUCCAAGCCCUGCUAUGGUCGAGGAAAGUCUCGGGACAAUAAAUUUUGCGCGGAGAAUCAAGCACGUCGCCGUGCGUGCACAGCCAAACGAAUUCGAUGGGGACUUGUCGGUGCUUGUCGGCGCACCAUGCACCGAAACACAGGCACUACUAGCUCGCUACCGUGCAGAGAUGGGUGCGCUGCGCGCCAAAGUAGCGUCGCUGCAGCAAGCGCCCCGCACUCCCACACCCUCGACGCCAGACUCUGCGCCGCACACCCCGACACAGUCCAAACCUGUAUCGCUUGACGCGCUCCAAGCGAGACUCGAUCAGCUUGGCACGCUUAUUUUGCGGGGCGGGAGUGUACAAGAGAGUAGUGCAGCGCCGCAUCCCGUGUCACCUGCAAAGCGGCGUGGGUUUACGUUUGACGAUCCGUUGCCGCGCGUGCAGGAAAAACUGCACGCGGCACUGACCAAGAUUGGGCGUUUGGAGCGCGCAUUGGCCACGCGCAUUAUGCUGCCGGAGAUGGCGGACGAAAAAGACCGCUUGAUUGGCGACUUGCUCCAGCAAGUGCGCGAGCUUGAAGUUGUGUGCCAGGCACAGAGAGAGGACGAUGCGCCGUCGUACGAGGCACGGCUGGACGAGGCCGAGGAAAAAAUUGCUGCGCGCGACGCAUUUCUCGAAGAGCUCACUGUAGAAUGCGCGCGGCUGCGGCGUGCCAACAAAGAGCUUGUUUUGCUUGCCCACCAAGAAACAGCGCGCAUGGUUGAGGCGGCACAGCCGAAGCGGCGCUCGCCGAUCAUGUCGCUUUUUGCGCCACAGCUGCGGCCUGCUACUGUGCUUGGAAUGGCGCCAUGUGCUUCGACGCCUUUGCAGAGCUCUCCGUUGCGUGCGUGGAAGCAGCACAAGGCGUCGAUUGUGUCGAUUGAUGCGUCGGAGAGCGAGAGUAGCUCGGAUUUGUCGAAUAGCGGGCUGGCUGAGCUGCUAGAGGAGUAA